AUGAUGGCACCAAGACCGCACAUCCGUGUGAUCAUUGUUGGAGCCGGUAUCGGAGGUCUCAUGCUGGGCAUUCUCCUCCAGAGAAUGGGCGUCACUUACCAGAUCUUUGAGCGUGCGCCCAAAGUUAAGCCCUUAGGCGCAUUGAUGUCGAUUAACUCAAACAUCUUGCCGGUGUUUGAACAGCUGGGCCUGCUGGAGCGGGUCGAGGCGAUCUCGCUGUUGAUCUACUACACGACUCUGUUCAACGGAAAGCUGGAGAAGAUUGCAGAAGUCAACACCAAGGACCACAGAGAACGAGCUGGAUACGACUUUCUGGUUUUCUCUCGUCCUGAACUAUACGACAUCCUCUUGAGCGAGAUCCCUUCGGGGCGCAUCUCGUUCAACAAGCGAGUGUUGAGCAUGACAAAGACCAUCAACGGAACCGAGAUCAACUGCUCCGACAACUCUUCCUACGAAGCCGAUAUUAUUGUGGGGGCCGACGGGGCAUAUAGCUCAAUACGACAGAACAUUUACAGGAAGAUGUCUGAACUGGGAACACUGCCGGCGUCGGAUAGUAAGGACAUGGCAAUGCCGUACGUAUGUAUGGUCGGAACGACUACUCCUCGGGACCCAGAGAGGUACCCAGAACUGAAGGACUCAUAUACUCAUAUCCACCAUGUGAUUGGCGAUAGUACACCAUACAGCAUCGCAGACCAAGACGAGGCGCGGGAACAGCGGUUCAGGAACUCGGAAUGGGGGCCCGAAGCGAACGAAGAACUGAUCGAGGCCGUCCACGCGUUCCCGGUCACCUUUGGAGGCACGUUGGGGGAGAUCAUUAAUGCUACGCCCAAGGACCGGAUCUCGAAGGUUAUGCUGGAGGAAAAGCUGUUUGAUACUUGGUACCAUGAGAAUAUUGUCUUGAUUGGCGAUGCAUGCCAUAAGAUGCUGCCAACAUCAGGACAGGGAGCGAUCAAUGCGAUGCAGGACGCGGUGAUCCUGGCCAACUGUAUCUACGACCUCGAAGAUGUCCGACCCGAGUCGCUGUCGGCAGCCUUCAAGUCCUACAAGCAGCAGCGGCACAGCGAGGCCAAGAAGCAGAUCACCAACAGCAAAGUCAACGCCAAAAUCUCUAGCGGCCAGUCUCACUUCAAAACCUAA